AUGGUCAGUUCUACUUCAGUCAGUAAUAUAAUUAAUUUUCUUGACUUAGUUCUAGGUAUUGUCUUCUUCAUCCAGACAGGAGCUGGUGUACUGGGAAAUUUCUUCAUCCUUUGCCACUGUGCUUUUGUUUUACUAACUGGAAGAAGACUGAGGACCACAGACUCCAUUUUGUUCCACUUGGUUUUGGCCAAUGCCAUAGGGCUUGUUUCGAAGGGAGUCCCUCAGACAAUGGUUAGUUUGGGGCUGAAAAUUUUCUUGGACCGUAUUGGGUGUAGACUUAUUGGUUUCUUCCACCGAGUGGCCCAUAGUCUUUCUGUCACCAUCACUUGCCUUCUGAGUAGUUUUCAGAUUAUUACCAUCAGUCCUUUUACCUCUUCCAUAUGGUCAGAACUCAAAACCCAUACUUCAGAGUGCAUUUUUCCCUUCUGUCUUUUCUUCUGGAUCCUACACAUACUAGCAAAUACAUUUAUGUUUAAGAAUAUGCAGAACUUGAAAGGAAGCAGUAACAUUACAAUGAUAUGGAAUAUGGGAUUCUGUUCAGACUUUACUUUAGUUUCAUUCAAUGCCUCAUUAUUAUUAAUUGUAUAUUCUGUUCCUGAUUUUCUGUGUGUGGUUUUUAUGAUUAUUACCAGUGGGUACCUGAUGUUUUUCCUGCAAAGGCAUCAUUGACAAGUCCGGCAUAUUCAUAGCUCCAACCUUCUGUCAAAAAGGUCCCCUGAGACUAGAGCCACUUACACCAUCUUGGUGUUGAUGAGCACCUAUGUGUCUUUCUAUUCAAUCAAUUCACUUUUUUUACUUUAUCAUGUUCACUUUGAUAAAUAUUCUCAGUGGUUGCAUCCCACAUCAACUCUCUUGGAUUCAUGUUUCCCAGCAAUAAGUCCAUUUGUGCUUAUCAGUUGUGAUUCCAAAAUUCUCCUUUUCUUUUGCUCAUUCUGGAAAAAGAAAAGAUUCCAAGACCCUUUUUAUCCUGGAUGUGCCACUGUUCAGCAUUCGAUUUCUACUCUUAUAAGCAGAUAUCUUUAAGGACACAUCACCACACAAAAUGAUCAAACAAUCCUAAGUUUUAGGAACUCUAAAGGAUAUUAAUCAUAACUAUGAUCCUAUCAUAUCAACAUAUAGAAAGAGCUUUAAGUAUUGAAAUACUUUUUUAUAUACUUCACAUGUAAUAUAUCCAGAUGUCCUUUGACUAUGAAUCUUCUUGUCUUCCUUAACAUUACUGAAAUAUUAAUUAAGUAUUCUAAUUCUACUUUAGAGAUUGUGUUUGUCAUACAUUAUGAUGGAUUGUUGAGAGUAACAAUUUGCACUGACAAUGGACAAGUCGUUGAGGAAUGUCUAUCCUUGUUUGUACCUGUGAAAUAAGGCAAAAAUUUUAUAUUUUUCUACAAAGAUAGAUAAGCAGUAUAUGGAGAAAAAGAGAAAGACAAGGUCUUGUGAAUUUGGUCCUUUAUUAAGACUAAUAUCAGGAAUAUAUUAUGUUAUAAGUGAAAUAUAACAAAUGGAUAAAGUGAAGCAAGUCUUUGCAAAAGUUAACUUUUAUUUAAAGAAGGUUACUGUCUUCCAAAAAAUUAGUCAUUGAAUUGCCUCCAUUUAUGCCAAAGAACCCAAGCAAAAGAAUAGUUUCCCUUUCAUAAUGUUGGGAAAUGCAGAACAAAGAACCAGAACGGGAGGUGAUAUCAGAUAGUUGAGAGCAAUGGGAAUAGUUAUAGUGCUGAGGCAUAAGAAGUAAUAUGAUGGGUUAGAAGUUUGAGACUAGCAACAUUUUUUUCCUCCUCUGAGUCUGGGUACAAAAUAAUCAAUCAAAUAUCCUCGAGGGAUACCUUGAAAGCAUAAAAAUACAAGAUCUGAUCCCUUUGUGUUUAUUAUGCAUCUCCCAAGGUCAGCUAAAUUCUUUCAAGUAAGGAGAGAUCAGACAUUAGCAGAUUAGAACUAACACUGCUUGAUUAAUUAAUUCUAAUUAGAGGUUAAAAUUCUGGAUUUCUGCAAGUAUACAUUCAUAGGCCAGUUGAAUUCUGAACUAAGUUCAGAGACAAAUAACCUUAACUUAAUGAGUUAUAGGACAAUAGCAAUUAGAAGACAAAAUCAAUCACUUAUAAAUAGUAUCAAAAGGAAGAUGACACAGAAUUUAAAAUGAUCAUUUCAUUUUCCCCUUUCAUCAAUGAAAGACACCUAUAUCUCAUAGAUCACUUAUCUAUAAUAUAAUUCUAUAAGAUAUUUAACAUCAUUUUUAUCAAGAGUAUGGCACAUUAGAACAGGUUUGUUUGUUUGUUUUUUCCCUCUGGGAAAAGUUCAAAUCAGGCUUUAAAACAAAAAGUAAUGCAAAGUUGAAAAAGAAUAAGAAAGAAGGAGAUCA